AUGUUGGGGUCGCUGCUGGUGUGUAUCGCGCUGAUCCCGUUGCUGCGUUUGUAUGGAGCGCCGUCACCCACCGCUGUUGCCCAGCCAUUGCCCUUAAGAGGUAGUGUGGGGUUUGUGCUUACGGCCGUGGCGGUCGUGGGCGGAGUCGUGUAUCCGUGGAGCUGCUUCUUGCUGCAGACGUGGAAUCCGUUCGGCUGGCUGUUCGACUUCCUCUCCGAAUCGCGCAGCCCGCCCUCGUCCUUGCCACCGCGAUUUAUGUUAAUGGGGUACUGGGCGACGUGCUUGGUCGUGCUCGUCCCAUUGUUCGCGUUGAUCACCGACCGCUUCGCAUUGCGGAACAUUGUGGCGCGAAAGCUGUUCCACCUGCUGGUGGUGGUCAUGCUGGGUCCGGCGUCUCUUUUUGACGUACCCAUGCUGUCACUGAGCUACGGUGUGGCGCUCAGCGUCUUCUUCCUCGUGGAGUGUGUACGAGCGCUGGCGCUGCCGCCAUUUGGCCGAUCCAUCGCCGAGUUCAUGCGGACGUUCAUCGAUCACCGCGAGGCCGGUCGCAUCAUCUUGACCCACUCGUAUCUGUUGCUUGGCUGCGCGCUGCCGCUGUGGCUCGCGCCCUCUUUUAGCGGACCCUCUCCGCUCGUAGUGAAUACUGGCGUUCUGGCGUUAGGCGUGGGAGACGCAAUGGGGGCCGUGGUGGGAUCGACUUUGGGCCGACGCAAAGUGUUCGGUGGCAAGAUGCUAGAAGGGUCUGCAGCGGUGUUCUUCUCGAUGCUGAUCGCCUCGAUUCCGCUUCACGACUAUCACACGCGAGCUUAUGUCGAUGGGGAAUACGUCCAACUGGCGCUACUCACCGUUGCUGUCUUUUUGACGAGUGUGCUAGAAGCAGCAACGGCGCAGAUUGACAACUUGGUGCUCCCGCUCUUCUUUUACACCGCGUGCAACCUGGUGAGUUGUCAUCGAGAGUAA